CAGCGUGUUGCGGAGAAGACGGAGGAAGAUGGCGGGGUCCAAGGUGAAGCAGGACAUGCCUCCUGCAGGAGGCUAUGCUUCGUUUGACUAUAAGAGAAAUCUGCCGAAACGAGGACUGUCAGGAUAUAGCAUGUUUGGCAUUGGGAUUGGCAUCAUGGUGUUUGGUUACUGGAGGCUUUUCAGCUGGAACAGAGAAAGGAGGCGCCUGCAGAUCGAGGAGAUGGAAGCCAGGAUAGCUCUGAUGCCUCUGCUGCAGGCAGAGCAAGACCGAAGGUCCUUAAGGAUGCUGAGGGAGAAUCUAGAAGAGGAGGCGGUUCUCAUGAAGGACGUUCCUGGUUGGAAGGUUGGUGAGAGUGUCUUCCACACAGACCGCUGGGUCUCCCCUCUGUCAGAGGAGCUGUUCAACCUGCGGCCCCGCGAGGAGCUCCUGCACAAGCGUUUCGGCUUCUUGUGGUACGUGUAAGGACCACCAGGACCUCAGUUCAGCUUGUAAAUGUUCUAUAAUAAAGUAUCUUUUUUCUGUACCUCA